GGCAACCGGGGCGGGAGCCAUCUGGAAAGGAGAGAAGGAAGGAAAACUUCCCUUACGGACAGUACAGUCACUUGAAGACUAUGAAGUCAGCGUUUCGAAACGCCUACUGCGCAUCCUCCCGUUUCUCCUUGAACCCUAGCAGUGUCGGUUCAGUCCUCUCCACCGCUUCGGCCAUCACCAUCACUCGCCCGCUUGGCUCCCCCGCCCCCUAUUUCGCCAUAACCGCCUCCGCCCGUCCUCGGUCCGCAGCGUUCUGCUCAGCUCCAAUGGCGUCCUCUGAUCCCCCCGCGCCUCAGCUCGAGAAGCAGUUCGAGGGCUUCCGCGUCCAGCUGGAGGAGUCCGGGAGCUUGCGGGACCGCAUUCGGACCGUCGCUAUGGAGAUUGAGUCCGCCACCAGGCUCAUGCACUCCAGCCUCCUCCUCGUUCACCAGUCUCGCCCCCUUCCCGAGGUUUUGGACAAGGCGAAGGCUCAGAUUGGAGAGAUAAAAGAUCACUAUAGCCGGCUAGCAAAGAUCCUCAGCGAAUGCCCCGGUCAAUAUUAUCGGUAUCAUGGUGAUUGGAGGAGUGAGACGCAGACAGUGGUUUCCCUCCUUGCUUUCAUGCACUGGUUGGAGAUCGGGAAUCUCCUCAUGCAUGAUGAAGCUGAGGAAAAACUUGGAUUGAAUAACUCGGAGUUUGGUCUGGACAUUGAGGAUUAUCUUAUAGGUGUCUGUUUCAUGUCUAAUGAGCUGCCUAGGUAUGUGGUGAACCAAGUGACAGCUGGAGACUAUGAUUGCCCGAGAAAGGUUCUAAAGUUCUUAACAGAUCUUAAUGCAUCCUUCCGAAUGCUUAACCUUAGGAAUGACUUCCUUCGCAAGAAGUUCGACAGCUUGAAGUAUGACCUUCGAAAGGUUGAGGAAGUUUACUAUGAUGUGAAGAUCCGAGGCUUGACUUCCAGUGGGGACUCUAAGGAAGACCAGGUAUCACAAGGGCAGCAGUAGUCACCCUUUUAUGAUCUUUCUCUUGGUCGGUCCGUCAAGAGUCGAUAGUAUUAGCUUUGAACACAAGCACGCUGUACUGAAGACUUUUUUUGGAAACAGAGAAUAGAAUAUGUAAGUAAAUUACAGAUGAUUACUGAAAUGUGAGCUUGAGUUGUCCAUCUGCGACCUCCUUUAUGUUGUACAAAUUUUCGGCAAUUUUUAAGGGAAAUGAUGUCUUUUUUUUUUCC